GGAGCUCGGGCCCUCCCCUUUCUCUUCUCGGUGGGGAUCAUGGAAGGGCUUUAAAACCCUUCCGAGACUUGGGUCAAGAGUCAAACUCCUCCCCCCACCCCCAAUUCCGAGGAGCGGUUAGGAAAGUGAUGCCAAGUCUUCCAAGCCGAAGUGACAAACGCGUAGCAAUAACCAUCUACUUCAGAGAUACCUUCUUGAAACAGUAUUUUUCUCCCUGCUCAUACUUGGUGACUGAGGAAUUACUAAGACUCCCUUCUCGCUCAUUUCUGAAUAUUGUCUGAACUCUUCCUGACACUAUGAAUGCUAUUUGGAUGCAUCUUAAGUCUGUUCUCUGGGGAGGCAGUAAGGGGCUGUGGAGCUGGCCUUGGCACCAGGAGAGGCUGGACUUCCUGUCUCUCUGUGCUGAAUGGCUGCGAUGGCGCCCGCUCUCACUGACGCAGCCGCUGAAGCACACCAUAUCCGGUUCAAACUGGCUCCCCCAUCCUCCACUUUGUCCCCUGGCAGUGCUGAAAAUAACGGCAACGCCAACAUCCUUAUUGCUGCCAACGGAACCAAAAGAAAAGCCAUUGCUGCAGAGGAUCCCAGUCUAGACUUCCGAAAUAAUCCUACCAAGGAAGACUUGGGGAAGUUGCAGCCACUGGUGGCAUCUUAUCUCUGCUCCGAUGUAACGUCUGUUCCGUCAAAGGAGUCAUUGAAAUUGCAAGGUGUCUUCAGCAAGCAGACAGUCCUUAAAUCUCACCCUCUGUUAUCUCAGUCCUAUGAACUCCGAGCUGAGCUGUUGGGGAGACAGCCAGUUUUGGAGUUUUCCUUAGAAAAUCUCAGAACCAUGAAUACAAGUGGUCAGACAGCUCUGCCACAAGCACCUGUAAAUGGGUUGGCUAAGAAAUUGACUAAAAGUUCAACACAUACUGAUCAUGACAAUUCCAGUUCCCUCAAUGGGGGAAAACGAGCUCUCAUUUCAUCUUCUCUUCAAGGUGGUGAAGUGGUGGCAUCUGAAUGUGGGGACUUGAAGGGAGGUAUGACCAAUUGCACUCUUCCACAUAGAAGCCUUGAUGUAGAACACACAACUAUAUUUAGCAAUAAUAGCACUGCAAACAAAUCUUCUGUAAAUUCCAUUGAACAGCCGGCACUUCAAGGAAGCAGUAGGUUAUCGUUAUCACCUGGCACAGACUCCAGUUCUAACUUGGGGGGUGUCAAUUUAGAGGGUAAAAAGUCUCCCCUGUCUUCCAUUCUUUUCAGUGCUUUAGAUUCCAACACAAGGAUAACAGCUUUACUGCGGCGACAGGCUGAUAUUGAGAGCCGUGCCCGCAGGUUACAGAAGCGUUUACAGGUUGUGCAGGCCAAGCAGGUGGAGAGGCAUAUACAGCAUCAGCUGGGUGGAUUUUUAGAGAAAACUUUGAACAAACUGCCAAACUUGGAAUCCUUGAGGCCCCGGAGCCAGUUGAUGCUGACUCGAAAGGCUGAAGCUGCGUUGAGAAAAGCUGCCAGUGAGACCACCACUUCAGAGGGACUGAGCAACUUACUGAAAAGUGAUUCAAUUUCAGAAGAAUUAGAGAGAUUUACAGCUAGUGGUAUAGCCAACUUGAGGGGCAGUGAGCAAGCCUUCGAUUCAGACGUCACUGAUAGUAGUUCAGGCGGAGAGUCUGAUAUUGAAGAGGAAGAAUUGACCAGAGCUGAUCCUGAGCAGCGCCAUGUACCCCUGUGAGUAAAACCCAUGCAGAAUUUCGUUC